UUAUUGUGGAUAACAAGGACAUUCAGCAUUGCGUCAUGUAUAAAAGUAAUUCAUAGGUCGCCUGUGGCUCAUUCCCGACGUAGCUCUGUGCACACCCGGACGAAGAGGCAACACCGCUGGCUGGCAAAGUGGAUUGAAAAAGACAUUUUUGAAAUUCAAAAGAAGAUACUGACCCUGGCAAUGUUUACCAGAUAUUGGUCAUGGUGUUUUCUGCUUACAAUGGCUGUCUUCUGUACCGCAGAUCAGUCAUGUGGCUGUCAAGGCGAAUAUGCCUGGAGCGCCUGCACCUCUUCUUGUGGUGGUGGACUGCAGACUCGAAGAUGUAGCGACACCAGCAUCGUCACGCGGGUGUGCAACGAUCAGGCUUGUGCAAAAGUACCGGAACCUCUUGGAUUCUGGCCGUUGCAAAACUCCACUGAGGGACGGGACUGUAGUCGUCAUGGCAACAACGCUGAUGUCCACGGCGUAUCAUUUAAUCGUGAAAGCUACGAUGACGCCUAUAGCUCUGCAAAAUUUACAGGAACGGCUUCUUCUUAUCUUACAAUUCCGAAUGAAGAUGGCAGUUUAGAGACUCGCUCGUUUACGUACGUCGCCUUUGUGAGAAUCUUCGCUGGAGAUGCCAAGAAUGAGAGUCCCCUGUUUAAUUUUCAAAUUGACGAAAAUGGUGUCUUCAGUAAGUAUGGCACCCACGUUUGGAUUCUAGGUCAUAAUGGACUCUAUGUUCUGUUGAUGAUUGCGCAGCCGUACAAGUCAACUAGUUCCUAUUCACUUCCCGUAUUCUCAGGCUCUAACUGGGUUCACGCUGCCGUUUCCUACGACUAUACCACCGGGCUGUACCAUAUUUACAAGAACGGCGUUGAAUUGGGGGAGGCGUAUGUCGGCCGACACAUCCAUGCUACAAGCGGUUCAGUUCGUAUUGGCGCGCGCCACCUAUCGUCUGGCGAUGCCCGCUACUUCAAAGGAGCCAUGAAGUGUGUACAGUGGUUUGGUGAAGCGCUCACCGCGAAGCAGAUUCAAGAGACCAUGCACGCUUGCGAUAACCCCGUGCCUUGUCGUGGUUAGUCCACGGAACUGUUUCACAAAUGGACUUUAUCCUGAAAUAGGCCUAUCAAUAUUUUUCUUUUACGCCGAACACCUAAUCUUGACCCACGAUAAAGAAGUUGUACAUAGUCUAUGAAGAAUCAAAAUCGUUACAGCGUUUUCUUUCUUUGACACAUUAAAUAAAUUUGAAAAUUAUUGCAUUGUGAUGAAAAGUAUUCAAAAAGAGGAAUUGGUAGACAAAGUGUGUUGCAUUUAAAGUGUAACUUGUUCUGUUCCGUUUGUGAUUCUUCAAAUUUAAUUUUUUUUAGAAAUAUCUGUAGAUCUAACUAAC